GUUUUUUUUAAUACAGAUCUACAGCCGCGUCCUCAAAUGAAGUCAAGCACACGUCUCAGUGAAGAAAAGGAGCCCAAAGAAGGCUCGAUCCUGCUCCUGCGGCGGUGUGCAGACUAGAAAGAGUCUGGAUGGGUCAGGCUGCAUGCAAGCGGCUCCUUCUGCGAGAGAGUGAGAGGGGCUUGAAGUGAAGCCAACCGGGGAAGUGGAAGGACCAUAAACAGCUGCCCCCUUCUCCCCCCCAUGCAGAGACAGCAAAAGGAGCCCGAUGGAAAGAGAGGGCGGAUGACAGGAGGGUCUGUGGUGAGUUCGGCAAGGGAGUGUCGCGUUUGAGGGUCUUCAGAGGCAGAGGAAGGUGCUGGCAAGUGGAAUGGGAGGCGGGAGGUGCUGCGUGUGCACCCGCAUGCUUUGAGAGUGAGGAAAGCCGGAGUGUAAGAGGACUGGGAAGUGUGUGUGGAAGAUUGGAGGGUGGCAGGAGAAGUUGUAAGAGGAGAAGCGAGAAGAAGUCACCUGCCAGAGGAGCGGGAGUCGGCAGGAGGUCGGAUCAUGUUGGGCAAGCGGACUUCGGACGUCAAGCUUUGAGAGGUUCUCUUCUGGCGACAAAACUUCAGAGGAGAACAGAAUUGAUGUGAAGGGCCACCAAAGGCUGCAAAUAUGGGGUGCAUUCACAGCCUGGCCACCAGGAGGAUUAAGGACCACCAAGAUGACCCCGAAGGCACAGCUCGAAAGACCGACCCUGAGGUACUCCCUGAGAUCCUGCAGCUCGCUGAGGUGUCUACCACCUGUGCCUCAACACCAGAGCAGCACGAUUCCAUGAAAUCUACAUCACUGAAGAAAAGAAGCUCCAUGCCGAGAAGUAAAAGUGAGGAGCAAGUCAUGGAGCAGGUGAUGGAGCGCCACUACGACAUUGACCUCACUUAUAUCACGGAGAGGAUCAUCUCGGUCUUCUUCAUGCCAGAGCUUGAGGAACAGCGAUACCACACCGAGCUGCAGGAAAUGGCGACAAUGCUUAAAUCCAAGCACCAGGACAAGUUUCUGCUUUUGAAUUUAUCAGAAAAGAGACAUGACAUCACAAGACUCAUCCCAAAGGUGCAGGACUUCGGUUGGCCUGAUCUCCACGCUCCACCUUUGGACAGGAUCUGUACCGUGUGUAAGGCCAUGGAAACGUGGCUGAGCGCUGAUCCCAAUAACGUAGCGGUUCUCCACUGUAAGGGAAACAAAGGGAAGACGGGUGUCAUUGUGGCAGCCUACAUGCACUAUAGCAAGAUAUCAGCAGGAGCGGAACAGGCGCUCACCACACUGGCCAUGCGGAAGUUUUGCGAAGACAAAGUUUCUUCUUCCCUUCAGCCCUCUCAGAACAGGUACAUCUACUACUUUGGUGGUCUGCUGUCCGGUGCCAUUAAAAUGAAUAGCAGUCCCUUGUUCCUCCAUCAGAUUCAUAUUCCAUCACUGCCAAAUUUUCAGACGGGAGGAGGUUACUUUCCAUUUCUGAAGAUCUACCAAUCACUACAGCUGAUCUACACCUCCUGUGUCUCCAACCCGCAGACCUCCAGGUCCCGGAAGCUGUGUGUGACGAUGGAGCCGGCAUUAUUAUUGAAGGGGGACAUCAUGGUCAAGUGCUAUCAUCGACGGAGCCAGGCAGCAGAGAGAGAGGUGGUAUUCAGGAUCCAGUUCCACACGUGCACCAUUCAUGGCGCCCAGCUGUGGUUUGGGAAGAAGGAUCUUGACGUAGCCUGCACAGAUGACAGGUUCCCCAGCGAUGCUGCAGUGGAGUUUAUCUUUUCUACCAGGCCGGAAAAAAUAAACGAAAACCAGAAGACAGAACCCUCCGUCAAAGUGAACUACAACGCGUCAGAUCCAGUGGUCCGAUGGGACUCUUACGAGAACUUGAACGUGCACCAUCAAGACAGCCCAGAGAAUAUUUCUCAUACAAGGGGCCCUUUGGAUGGUAGUCUGUACGCACAGGUGAGAAAACGACGAGGACCGGGCCCAACUUCCUCACCCAACGGUUGCCUCGCCAGCAGUCCAACGGUGACGACGCAGAUUGCCAAACAGUCGCAGAUUCUCACCGGCACUUCCAGCUGUGUCCCCUCUGAUCACAUCGAGAACCGCUCAUCCUUCACCGCUCAUCCUGGAAACGAGAAGCCUGAAAGUCUGACGGAUAAAGGACAAACCGAGACAAAAGAGAACGUACGGGGGAAGGAAAAGGACAGAGAGACCGAGAUUUUAGAUGAUGCAAAACUGUCAAAUCCCGGAGGUUUAGCGCGAGAGUGUGGCGGUCGAGCGGGUGCCACGUGUGGAGGCGUAGGGCGGCAAUGGGAGCAAGAGCCCUGCCUAGCUGAUGGUCACUGCGCUGGGUGCUGCAACAGUCUCAGAAAACAUCCCAAAAGUCAAACUCUGCCAGCCUUACCAUCCAAGUCUGUGUCCCCGCCGCCUCAUUUGACUCAUAUGGAACUUUGUCAUCGCCAUAGCGUCCAUCCUUUGCCAGAGUUAGCCUGGGAACAGCCAACCCCAUCUGUACCUUGUCUCCACAGACCCUGCUUCCCUUAUUCCGCUUCAGAAUAUCCACAUUCACACGGCCACACACUUCCGGCUUCGAACAGACACUACAAUGACGAGUGCCAAGUCUUCCAUUAUGCCAGCCAAGCCCCGAGCUCUCACCUUUCCCACCAGUCCCUACUUUCAAGCCCGUACCGAGAGAUAUUCUUUGCUCCGCCCAAUCAGUCCCCUGGCUGCCCUUGCCGGGAGUGUUCCAGCAGGCGGGAGCACCAGGCAGCCUCAGUCAGAGUGCUCCAUUCCAUGCAUCCAGACCAAGCAGUGGGAUUACAACAAACUCGAGAGGCAUUGUGGGAAAACAAAAACCCGUGGGAAGUGCCGAGGGAAGCUGACUUCUGGCAAUGUAAAUCAGCCGUCCCUCCUUAUCACAUCUGUCACUCUGCCGCUUUAAAGCAGGGUGCAGAGCAGCAAAGGUUUAUCCUUGGACCACAGCAGAGUUAUCCCAGCCCCCAGCCUCUGAUGGACAUGCGGGAUGGAGCCAGCAGUGGAUACCACACGCCUCCGCCUCCACGUCAAUCUUGCCCCUGCUCUCCUUAUCAGUCGUCUCCCGUUGAGAGCCAUGGGAGUCGGGGUUAUGCUUCGGGUUACCUAUCUGGGUCAGCUUCUCCUUUGCCUGCCAGUAGCCCCUCGCUUGGGGGAGGAAGACUUCCAGAGACCCCUGCGGGAGACAAGGAUCAGCAGCAGGAGCCUCUCAAAGCGGAAAAGGCCAGACCUCGUGCAGAGAUUGACAUAUCGCAGGGUUCAGAGGGUAGACCUGACAGAUCAAGCGCUCAGACUCUGGACUCUGAUCAUGAUUAUACAGUCAUUGGCGGCAGCAGCCCCACCCACACAGAAGAAGGCCAGACCUAGUGCAGAGAAAAUGACGAGGCUGCUGGUCACUCUCAUAAUGCCACUAUCAUCAUCACACCGGUGGAUGACCAAAUCAAUAGCUCAAAUGCGCCUGGUGACGGCCCGUCCGGCAGCGGCACAACACAAGCGGCCACUCCAAGCCCUUCCAGCAACUCUUUGCAAAAUUCUCCAACCGAAUCCCCCGGUCACAGCUCCCCGUCCGCUACAGAUCCACCAGAGCAUCGACUAACGCCUGAGAGAGCCGGCUCAACUGACACCAAGCCACCGUCACCCGUGCCGGAUGGUUACCACACGCCGACUUUCCCCCUCGCACCCUAUUACUACCCUUUGCUAAAUGUCCCCCAUGUCCCUUACACUGGCUACACUGCGAUCACAAUCCCGGCCUCUCAGCCACCACUCCCAGAAAAAAAACGACUCUCAUCAACGCCGGGAUCCUUAAACGGGCACGUUUCACAUUUACGAGGCUCUCCGGUGCCUUCACCGACACACAAUGUGACUUUGCCCGCAACUAUGACAGAGCAGCGGCAGGGCUACGCGCAGUUCAGCAGCAGUAGGGAGGACAUCAGGGUCAACGCAAAGUUUGUCCAAGAUAGCUCAAAGUACUGGUACAAACCAAGCAUCUCCAGAGACCAAGCCAUAGCCGUGUUAAAAGACAAGGAACCAGGAACUUUCCUCAUUCGAGACAGUAAUUCGUUCCAAGGUGCAUACGGGCUGGCCCUCAAAGUGGCCACACCUCCUCCGAAUGCCAACAUCACUGGUACAAAAGCAGAUGCCGUGGAACAGCUUGUGCGACAUUUCCUCAUUGAGACAGGACCGCGGGGUGUCAAAAUCAAGGGCUGUCAGAAUGAGGCGUAUUUUGGGAGUUUAUCAGCCCUGGUGUACCAACAUUCAAUCACACCCAUCUCUUUGCCGUGUGCCCUUCGCAUCCCAGAAAGAGAUCUGGUUGGAGAUCUUCAGGAGCUACGCAGUGUAACAAACACAAGCACAGCGGCUGACCUCCUCAAACAGGGAGCAGCCUGCAACGUUCUUUACCUGAACUCCGUGGACACGGAAUCAUUAACUGGGCCGGAGGCAGUUUCCAAAGCAAGCAAAAGUACACUAGCUCUGAGUCCACGCCCUGCUGCAACAGUGGUCCAUUUUAAAGUUUCCUCUCAGGGCAUCACCCUAACGGACAGCAAAAGAAGGUUAUUUUUCCGGAGACACUACCCCAUCAGCAGUGUGACUUUCAGUAGUCUUGACCCCCAAGACCAGAGAUGGACUAACAGUGAUAGCACGUCCAGCAAGAUGUUUGGUUUUGUGGCCAGGCGGACGGGCAGCGCCACAGAGAACGUGUGCCACCUUUUCGCAGAGCUAGAUCCAGAGCAACCUGCUGUGGCCAUUGUCAACUUUAUCAAUAAGGUUAUGCUGGGCCCGCAGCUACGCAGAUGAAACAUGAAGUCAAUGUACCGUGCAGAAGACUUAGGCCGCCACUAACUUUGUUGUUUUGAUUGUUGAUUUGUUUUUGCAGCAGGCAUUUUGACAUUGGAUUACCAAAGAGGAUCUGUAAUUCUUCUGAUUGUUUGGAAUUGAUUGUUGAUCAACCGUGGAUGUAUGUUCCACUAUGUGUCAAUUAGUUUGCUGGAUAGAAAAGGAAUUAUUUUUUUUCUGUUGCAAAUAAUUUGAUGUUAAAAUGUGAGCAUUAAAAAAAAAAAUCCCCAUUUGCAUUUUAACCCCUUCAGGGAUAGCGGUUACUACAGUGGACAUCUUAUCAUGUUAUCAGGUAACAGGUUGCAUGAGAUUUCAAAUUUAAUCAAAUGUCGGUUUCGACUUCACCGAUGUGCAGAAUUACAUGCAGAAUGUUUAAGAACGUGGGUAGUGUGCUUUGUAUAAGUAAUACAUAUAAGUUUUCAGAUUAAGAGGUUUUGUUGAAAAAUCAAACCGAAAGUGAGGGACAGUUCCAAUUUGAGACGGAUAAAUUUAGCCCAGCAGUUACAAACAGAGUACUUGUGACGGGCAGUAUUUUCUUCUGCUUCACUAAAGAAACACCGACAUCUAAUUGUAUUUAAGAUGAAAGGAUAUGGAAUGCACUGAGCUAAUACUCAAAGGCAGAAAAAAAAAACAAGCUCAAGUAACACAGCCAUAAACGAAUCAACCAACUCAAAGACAGAAUAUUGAUAUUAACUUUUUUUGUGACAGGAAAUAACAAAAUAAUGCCUUAAAGCUGGAAUGUUUCACAUUUGGGGAAACAUGUCACACUGGUAAGGUCAUUUUCAACAGAGACGUUAGCUCACUUUCUCCAUGCCUCAGAAUGACCACAUAUUUGGUCUUGACCUCUUUGAUUUGUUUCUAUUUUGACAAACCAACCAAUAUCCUUGGUAACAGACAAUAAACGCAACCAAACCAAAGACAUCAAUUGUAAAAAUAUAUUUCAAGUUUGAUGUUUUUAUUAUUAUUAUUUUUCUCACUUGUUUUUUUUUUACAAACAGUAUAACCAGCACAAAUGUGAUUUUCAUAACGUUCGUCUGGAAAAGAAGUAAUAUAUUUUAUGUGUGAAAUAAAGUGCUAAAAAACA